GACCGGCUGGUAUUGGGGAGACUAGAGCUGUGCUGGGAGUGCAGGAUAGGAGAGGUGUGUGGGGGUGACAGUGGGUGAGCUUGUAGGGUGCAUGAUGAGGUACCAGGAGAGUAGCAGCGUGCUGGAGUGAGUGGGGUUGGAGGUUGUGUGUUUAGGGUCCUUCUGGGUCUGUACCACUUCUGGAGCUCAGCUCUUGCUCAGCUCAGACUUGCCAUUUAUAAGCCUAUGCGUUUUAGCAGGUGCACUUGAGUGCCUGUCAGUUUCAUCCCAGUUUCCCUUGCAAGGUGCUUGCAGCCACUGCAGAUGUUGAGAUUUACUUGCAGCGUCUUGCAGGGUUUUAUUCUGUGUGCAAAUGAGGAAACCUGCCAGCACACAAGAUGUAUGCAAAUUUGUUUGUGUAUCCUUAUAGCAACGAAUGUAUAUGCUUGCUCCGGGAAUGAUGAGUGGGAUAGAACAGAAGAUAGAUCUUGAAGCCCUAAUUAAAUGGGUAGCAGCAGUGGCUUCUUCUUCCAAUUCACACCCACUGCACAUAUGGACCUUGUCCUUAUAAAAUGGGAUUAGACACUAGCUGAGUCAUAUUUGUGAAAGCUGUCAUGCUUCCCUGAAUAAAAGCUCAAUGCAAGAGGCUGCAACCAAAACUUGGUCCCUUCAACGACUGGAAGUGGGUACUUUUUCAUCCAUCAGAAUGUUGGAAAUAUCCUCUUUUCCGUGGUAUAAUAAUGCAUUUGUUUCUAUCCCUCCGAUGGCGAAAGGAAGAGACUAAUGAAGCAGAAGUCAACUGAAUCUCUUGUGUAAUACUGAAACACGAUGACAUUGGUGCCUGUGGGAUAUGGAAAUCAUGACAAUAUCUAACAUGAUUGAGAAAGACAUGAGUGGACAAUGUGGCCCAGUUUCUGUAGACUACAGGUUUUCUGCAUGAUCCUGGCAGUGUUGGCUAUUCUGGUGUUGGUCUACAACUUCCGUCAGUUAGAGCACUUGGAUCACAACACUGUCUCGGCGUUAAAUUGGAUAAAAGAGACCGGUGACCAACAGUCGUCGUCGCCAACAACUAAAACUACCCAAAAGCACUACUGUGAUUAUGAACAUCAAACUUUGUCCAAAAGAGAACAAGCUGAAGAGGAAUCCUUAUUUGCAGCUAUACAGUGGCCAAAUCCCCCUGUAGGCAAAAUCCCAUUUAUAAGAAGCACUGAUCCUGCCCACAGCAAUUUUGUGAUUGUGAAUUCCCAUGUGCGCUUCAAGGUGGGAGAUCAGUUAGAGGUGUCUGUCCACAUGAAGGAUUUUCAAGGCAAACCAAAACAGUAUGGUGGAGACUACAUACAGGCGAGAAUUCACUCUCCUCUACUGAAAGCUGGAGCAACGGGAAGGGUUGUAGAUGAUCAGAACGGGUUUUACAAAAUCUUUUUCACUCUACUUUGGCCAGGGGAGGUCAGAGUAUCUGUGUCUCUGGUCCACCCUAGUGAAGGGAUACAAGUCCUGCAGCGCUUACGGGAAGAAAGGCCAGACAGAGUCUACUUUAAAAGCUUAUUCAGGUCUGGUAGUACUUCAGAAACCACUGUAUGCAAUGUGUGUUUGCCUGGAGAUCUUCCUGUCUGUAACUUCACAGACCUCUACACUGGUGAGCCAUGGUUCUGCUACAAGCCGAGAAAACUGUCCUGUGCCAGCAGAAUCAACCAUGCCAAGGGAGGAUAUCAAAAGAGCCUUCUGACACCUUCUGAGAGUCUCUUUUUCCAAACUGAUGUGAAUAUCAAAGUGCCAAUACUUCCCAGUGGCCCCGAUUCAGUGACUGUAGAACCCUUAGGAUUUACAGAAUCAGCCAAUCUGGACAGAUCUCAGGGCCCAGCUGUUUUCCCUUUGGGUUACUAUUACCAUGACAAGUGGAGGCCAAGAACAAGUUGGAUCCGACAUUUUAACAAGACAGCUGAUAUUAGUGAAUGCUUACAAGGAAAAGUAGUCCACUUCUUUGGUGAUUCUACAAUAAGACAGUGGUUUGAAUAUCUGACCACAUUUGUUCCAGCUGAACACCACAUGGGGGGAGGAAAGCAGCACAGAGGACCUUUCCAAGGGGUUCGUGUAAAAAAUUCAGUGAAGGAGCUCCUAUUGCACAUUAGAAGCAACAAACAGAUGUCCUCAGGCCAUGUUGCCGAUGAAUUCAAGGCACAAGCAGGAUUGAUGAACUACGAACAGUUUACAGAGUUGAAGAACAUACUCGCUCAUAGUGGUAAAAGAAAGGCUCAUGAGUCUCUCUGUGAUGGACCCAGUUACAAAAGACCAGCUACUUUCCAUUCUCACCUCUUGACACCACCACAAACACCAACCUCUAUGGAUAACAUGGAGGAUGCCCAUAAAAAUGAACCAAAACACGAUAACGGUUCUGACAUGCUUCAAAACAUUAUAAAUAUUAAGAACGAGUCAAAUCCUGUUUCUCUGAACACAGUGCAGGUCAGCUGGCUGCACAGCAUAUCUAACCAUAACUCACCAGGGGAACGAUAUCAGGAUAUCCAAGGGGCACAGGCUUUCUCCCCAUCUGAGAAGUACCAAGCCUUCCAAGCGAAUAGUCCCCAACAAAUGCUGGAUCCAUCCCAGAAUUACCAGUUUUCUUCCUCACAGACCCAGGAUUUGCCACAGAAAUAUACUCAGGAUUCAUUACUGGAAUACAGGCCAUUUUCUGGCGAUGACCAGUCCCCUACCUACCAACAGAAUGUCUUUGAAAGCCAUGAACUGCCGUAUUGCCCAACCCAAAGUUUUGCAUCUCUCUUGAAUGAUUCUGAACACUCGGAGAAUAUACUCCAGCCUCUAGCCACUGCCCCUCAGCAGUCCGAUGUCAGUGCCCACGCUCAGAAUUUCAGCCUAGUACCAAAUAAUAGCUGUAGUACACUUGAUGGACACAAUUCAUCUUUGGCUACUCUGAAUGUCUCUCUACAACACCGAGGUAUUGUCAGAAACACGACACAACUGGGCAAGUCAUUCUUUCAGUGGCAAGUGGAACAGGAAGAGAACAAACUGGCCAACAUCUCUCAAGAGCAGAUCCUUGCAAAAGACUCGGAUGGGGACACGUUUCUUCACAUUGCUGUUGCCCAGGGCCGACGGGCUCUUUCCUAUGUUCUUGCUAGAAAGAUGGCUGCUCUGCACAUGUUGGAUAUUAAAGAACACAAUGGCCAGAGUGCCUUUCAGGUGGCCGUGGCGGCCAAUCAGCAUCUUAUUGUCCAGGACUUGGUUAGCUUGGGGGCCCAAGUGAACACCACAGACUGCUGGGGUAGAACGCCAUUGCAUGUUUGUGCUGAAAAGGGGCAUUCCCAAGUCCUUCAGGCAAUCCAGAAGGGAGCCGUUGGAAGUAGUCAGUAUGUGGCCCUUGAGGCGACAAACUAUGAUGGGUUCACAGCUUUGCACUGUGCAGUGCUGGCCCAUAAUGCUGUGGUGCACGAACUCCGGAACAGUCAGCCGCCGCACUCUCCUGAAGUCCAGGAGCUUCUGUUGAAAAACAAGAGCCUGGUGGACACCAUCAAAGCUCUGAUCCAAAUGGGAGCCUCGGUCGAAGCAAAAGAUGGUAAAAGUGGUCGCUCGGCUCUGCAUUUGGCAGCAGAAGAAGCCAAUCUGGAGCUUAUUCGUUUCUUUUUGGAUCUACCCAACUGCCUCUCUUUCGUUAACGCAAAGGCUUACAAUGGCAACACAGCACUCCAUGUGGCUGCCAGCCUGCAGUAUCGGAUGACUCAGUUGGAUGCAGUUCGACUGCUGAUGCGAAAGGGAGCUGAUCCAAGUGCUAGAAACUUGGAGAAUGAGCAACCAGUUCACCUGGUUCCUGAUGGCCCUGUAGGAGAACAGAUACGACGUAUCCUGAAGGGGAAAGCAGUUCAGCAAAGAGCUUCACCAUAUUAAACUCCAUGUGUCUUGGAGUUCAGUACACUCACUGUCAGUUAGGCAGUCCUAAUGUAUCUGUAAAUAGACCAUUUGCCCUCUGGAGGCAAAUGUGAGUUGUUUCUAUGAAACAAAAGUAUUUAGUUCACUAUCAUAUAGUGGGUUAUGUUAACAAUUCAAAUUCCUCUGAACAGAUGGGAAUGUUCCAUACCCAGGUGUCUGAAUACCUGGAUUUAAUAGCUGUGGCAAGCUGACUUAUUUAAACAGUUUAACUAGUUUUGAGGCAAAGACGAUUGUGUUGAAGGUUUCUUUUUGUAUUUAGAUAGUUAUGAGAUAAAUGGCAACAAUGUUAAGUUUGUUCUUUUUUAAUAACACAAAUAUUAACUUAUGGAGAAAAACUAAUAUUAAUUUUAGAGGCCAGCAGAAUAUUUAUAUUUCUCAGUAGCUUUUUUCCAGUCUUAUGCUGUACUGUGUAUAAAUCAGUAGCAUUAUCAUGCUAGUCCGUAGUUCUUUGUAAUUUGCUUGAAGUGAACUAAAAAGACACAAGUGUUUCAAAUGUAGAACUUUGUAUUGUGGAUUGCACAUUGAAUUCUAAUAUUAUGCUUGUACAAAUAGAUGAAUUUCAUUAUGUAUGAUUGUGGGGGCAAAGAGUACAGUGAAGAUGAAUUGUCACUGACACUUGUAUACAUCCAUCAGAGUUAUUAACAGAAAACGAAAUGCCAUAAUUAAAUGACUAUAAGCGUGAUCCUACUCCCAGUGAAAUCUGUGGGGACAGUAUCAGGCCCUGUAUGCAUGCACCAGCACAGGACUCUUUCAUCUUAACAGUGGGAGAAAUAUCCCUAUCUAUUCAGUGUAUAUAUUUUCCUCAGCAUGCUUUAAUAAAUAUGGCCCUGAUUCAGGCAAGUUCUUAAGCACAUAUUGCUUAACUCCCUCCCUAGUCAGUGAAAUACUUAAAUAUCAGCUUAAACCCCUCAUUGACUUCAAUUUAAAUACUUUUGCUAUGUAUUUACCACUAAAGGUGAAUACUUUCAACAGUUAAGUCCUGUGUUUUUACCUUAUAAGCAUAGUGGAUAGCCAAGUUAUAUUUGAAGCUAACAUUGUUUUGUUUUAAGAAUUGACUAUUAUUGCAAAAUGUUUACUAAUGAUGCUGUAUAAACAUGCUCUGUCGGAAAGAAUUUCAUGUUUCCAAAGUGAUCCAGUGUGUACAAUAAUCCAGUUUGUUCUUACACUCUCUUUGCUCUAACUGUUCUUGCAUCACAUGUGAUUCUCUUCCAAAGCCAUGUAACUAACUUGGGAUAAUCUGAUCACAUUGUUUGAUAAAGUAUGUCUUGUAGACAAGUUAAUUGGAGAAAUCUGGUAUCCUCAAAUGUAGCUGUGAUGCAUAUCCCCUAAAUUCUCAUGUACAGUUUCAAAUAAAUCUGUUAAUCCAAAAA